GUUUUUCCACCUGUCAUUUCUCUCUCCUCUUCAAAGUACUGAAAGUGCACUUUUCCAGUUUCCAUUUCCACACAAGUUCCGAGUUCCGAGUCACAGAAAUGGUGUUAUGGGUAUUCGGGUAUGGAUCAUUGAUAUGGAAAGCAGGGUUCAAUUACGAUGAACGUCUUCCUGGAUUCAUCAAGGGAUAUCGCCGUGUUUUCUAUCAAGGAAGUACUGAUCAUAGAGGAACACCAGAUUACCCAGGAAGAACUGUCACAUUAGAGCCUGCUCCUGAAGAAAUUUGUUAUGGAGUUGCUUACAAAGUGUCUCAAAAGGAGGAUAUUGAAACUGCAAUCACGUAUUUGGAGGUGAGAGAGAAACAAUACGACCAAAAAGAUUAUUUGGAUUUUUAUACGGAAUCAACUAAUUCAACACCAGCGUUGAGUAGUGUCUUGGUAUAUGUAGCCUCUUCAGAUAAAAAGCUCAACCAGAACUACCUGGGUCCUGCAUCACUAGAGGAGAUAGCCAAGCAAAUUGUGCGUGCAGAAGGCCCCUCGGGACCUAACAGAGACUAUCUGUUUCAACUCGAGAAAGCACUCAUUGAACUAGGAUGCAAGGAUGCUCAUGUAAUGGAUCUUGCAAGGGAAGUGAGAUGCAUUCUUUCCGAGGAGGUGAAGAGCUCGGAGGAUGGCGAUUUGUGUGAAUCGAGUUAAAAGCAUUGGUGUUCUUCUGUCAAGCCCCUCGAAACACAAUAUUGUUGCUUGAUUAUACCUGAAGCAUUGUUCUUUCUAGGCAUUCGCCUAGAAAGCCUAUUUAGACACUAUAUUAUCAUAAAAAAAAUACCAAUUUGUGCCGAUUGAUGUUGAAUUUGGAGGUGUUGUUUUUACUAUCAGCACGGGACUUUUGAACUUAAAUUAGAUGUAGCAUAAAUUAAUGUAAAAUUAUUGUUAUAAUUAUUAAACCGUGCAUCGAAUGGGUGAUAUACGCCUAUAAGAGCAUCUUUAACGGUAAGAGAAUUCCCUAUGGUUGUAGCUAGGGACUAGCUUACAACUUUUAGAAAUUCCGAGC